GCGCCUGCGCCCCCCGCGCCUGCUCGCCGCGCGCCCCGCCAGCAUGCUGCGCGUCCUGCUCCUCGGCGUGCUGGCGCCCGCUGGCCUGGGGCUCCCCACGCCCGCGCAGCCCCAGCCACGCAGCAGCCAGUGCGUGGAGCACGACUGCUUCCAGCUCUUCCGAGGCCCCGCGACCUUUCUCGCCGCCAGCCAGACCUGCGAGGGGCUGGGGGGCCACCUGAUGACCGUGCGCUCCUCCGUGGCGGCGGAUGUCAUUUCCCUGCUACUGAGCGGCGACGGCGGCGACGGCCCCCGCCUCUGGAUCGGCCUGCAGCUCCGGCGCGGCUGCAGCGACCCGGGGCAAGGCGGGCCCUUGCGCGGCUUCCAGUGGGUCACCGGCGACAACCGCACCAGCUACAGCAGGUGGGCGCGGCCCCACGUCGGCCCGGCGGGCCCGCCGUGCGCUCCCCUGUGCGUCGCGGUCUCGGACGCCGCGGCCCCGGCGCCCGGCGAGCCCGCCUGGGAGGAGCAGCGGUGCGCGGCGGAGGCCGACGGUUUCCUCUGCGAGUUCCACUUCGCGGCCUCCUGCAGGCCCCUGCUCGUGGACGCCCGCGCCGCGGCGGCCGCCGGCGUGUCGGUCACCUACAGCACCCCGUUCGGGGCCCGGGGCGCGGACUUCCAGGCGCUGCCGGCGGGCAGCUCCGCCGCCGUCGCGCCCUUCGGGGUGCAGCUGGCGUGCGCGGCGCCGCGGGGGGAGGCCGAGGCGCGCUGGGGCCGGGAGGCGCCGGGCGCCUGGGACUGCAGCGUGGAGAACGGCGGCUGCCAGCGCGCGUGCAGCGCAAGUGCCGGGGCGCCGCGCUGCCUCUGCCCGGCUGACACCUACCUGCAGGCCGACGGGCGCUCCUGCGCUACGUUUGCGGAGCACUCGUGCCAUAAACUGUGCGAGCAUUUCUGCAUUCCCAACGCCAGCGUGCCGGGCUCCUACUUGUGCAUGUGCGAGACGGGGUACCAGCUGGCUGCCGACCAGCACCGGUGUGAGGACGUGGACGACUGUAUCCAGGUGCCCAGUCUGUGCCCGCAGCUCUGCGUCAACACGCGGGGCGCCUUCGAAUGCCAUUGCUACCCCGGCUACGAGCUGGUGGACAACGAGUGCGUGGAGCCCGUGGACCCGUGCUUCGGGAGCAAGUGUGAGUACCAGUGCCAGCCCGUGAGCCAGACCGACUAUCGCUGCAUCUGCGCCGAGGGCUUCGCACCUGUCCCGCACGACCCUCACAGGUGCCAGAUGUUCUGCAACCAGACCGCGUGCCCAGCGGACUGCGACCCCAACAGCCCAACUUCCUGCCAGUGCCCCGAAGGCUACAUCCUGGAUGACGGCUUCAUGUGCACGGACAUCGACGAGUGCGAAAACGGAGAGUGCCCCGAGGCCUGCCGCAACCUCCCGGGCACCUACGAGUGCAUCUGCGGGCCUGACUCGCCCUUAGCAGGCCAGGUGGCCACGGACUGUGGCCGCAUCAUCAGUGACCCUGAUGGUGACAGCGACAGCGGCUCUGGGGAGCCCCCAGUCACCCCGACUCCAGGCGUCACCCCCAGCCCCUCACCGGUAGGGCCCGUGCAUUCUGGAGUGCUCAUUGGCAUCUCCAUCGCCAGCCUGUCUCUGGUGGUGGCGCUUUUGGCACUCCUGUGCCACCUGCGGAAGAAGCAAGGCGCCCCCAGGGCCGAGCUGGAGUACAAGUGCGGUGCCCCAGCCAAGGAGGUGGUGCUGCAGCACGUGCGGACUGAGCAGAUGCCUCAGAAACUCUAAGAGGCCUCUUCCCUGCCCCUGGCUGUAGCUGGGUCUUUCCCUCCCUCCUCUGCCUCUCCCCCUCCCCCAGCCUUGCUCCCUGGCCACCUACUCAGGA